GGUGCGUGUCCGCAUGUGGUAACCAGAGCUGAAUGGGGAGCCCGGGCAGCGACCAGCAUCAGCCACCUGGCGAACCCGGUGCAAUACGCCUUGAUUCAUCACACGGCAGGGGCGGACUGUCAUGAUAGGGCCACGUGUGUCGCACAGGUCAAGCUGACCCAAAACUAUCACAUGGAUGGGCGCGGUAAAGUUUCUUUAAUAUUUAUUUAGGGAAAGAAGAUUUAAUUCAUGUUAAUGUAAUAUAGACAACAUGAAUUAUGAAAUGUGCAUGUAAUAUAGAAAAAAGGAAUUUUAAAAUGUUCAUUUGAUAUAUACAAAAGGAAUUAUGAAAUGUUCAUGUAAAAUAGACAAGAGAAGAAAGACAAUACGCACAUUUUGCAUAUUAAGUUGUAAAACUCUAGAACCACGUACUUUUCUCACACCUUCACAAUUAAUUACACAAACUGUCUUUUGCAAUUAAUUACAGUAUUAAACUAUCGACUUCAAAAGGUGUUGUAAACUAUGACAUUUGGGACUAAUCUAGCCCGCUCUCUCAAUAUGUAAGGCCUGCAAGUUAAACUUGAAUUAUUAUUAUUUAGUAAGUUGGCUACACUUCACAAAGGAGCAGUGCUUGGCUUUUAGAGAUUUUCAUCGGAACGCUAGUUACUUGCUUGUGUCUCGACAACACCAAUUUACACAUUGUUUGUGGGCGAAUUAAUUUGUUUCAAACCAUCAACUAUCCAUCAGCUAUCCAUCAACUUUUUAGCAGACAGACAAUUCUUUCAUCAAUUCUUUAAAACGAAAUUUAAACACAUUUAUAUAAUUUACAUCGCUUAAAAUUGUUUCAUUUCACCGGUAACAAACUGGACAGUUGACAAUGUCUCUCAAGAUAAUCGACACCUUCGUCUGAACAGGUUACUCUGAUAUUUUCCUCUGAACAGGUUACUCUGAUAUUUUCCUCUGAAAAGUUACUCUGAUAUUUUCCUCAGAACAAUUUACUCUGAUAUUUUCCUCUGAACAGGUUUCUCUGAUAUUUUCCUCUGAACAGGUUACUCUGAUAUUUUCCUCUGAACGUGUUACUCUGAUAUUGUCCUCUGAAUGUGUUACUCUGAUAUUUUCCUCUGAAUAGGUUACUCUGACAUUGGCUACAGCUUCAUGAUUGGUGGUAACGGAGAAAUAUACGAAGGACGUGGGUGGGAUAGGGUC